AUGCAAACGCUGCAUGCUUCUAAAACUAUCAAUGUUAAUCAGACUCUCUUAUCCACCUCAAAGCCUGCAGUGGAUGUAUUAAACACCAAAGUUAAAAACCAAACUCCAACUGUUUCAUCUAAAACUACCACAGUCAGUCAGACUCUCUCAUCCACCGCAACACCUGCUGUGGAUGAUGACCAUAAACAUGACCCUACUAGCGAGAAAAGAAAUACUACUAAGUCAACAGCGAAAACUAGUCUUAAUGUUUUAAAACCUGGUUCAGUAUUAAACACCAAAGUUAAAAACCAAACUCCAACUGUUUCAUCCAAAACUGACACAGUCAGACAUACUCUCUCAUCCACCGCAACACCUGCUGUAGAUGAUGACCAUAAACACGACCCUACUAGCGAGAAAAGAAAUACUACUAAGUUAACAUCGAAAACUAGUCUUAAUGUUUCAAAACCUGGCCCAGUAUUAAACACCAAAGUUAAAAACCACACUCUAACCGAUUCAUCCAAAACUACCACAGUCAGUCAGACUCUCUCAUCCACCGCAACACCUGCUGUAAAUGAUGACCAGAAACAUGACCCUACUAGCGAGAAAAGAAAUACUACUAAGUCAACAGCGAAAACUAGUCCUAAUGUUUCAAAACCUGGCCCAGUAUUAAACACCAAAGUUAAAAACCACACUCUAACCGAUUCAUCCAAAACUACCACAGUCAGUCAGACUCUGACAUCCACCGCAACACCUGCUGUAGAUGAUGACCAGAAACAUGACCCUACUAGCGAGAAAAGAAAUACUACUAAGUCAACAGCGAAAACUAGUCCUAAUGUUUCAAAACCUGGCCCAGUAUUAAACACCAAAGUUAAAAACCACACUCUAACCGAUUCAUCCAAAACUACCACAGUCAGUCAGACUCUGACAUCCACCGCAACACCUGCUGUAGAUGAUGACCAGAAACAUGACCCUACUAGCGAGAAAAGAAAUACUACUAAGUCAACAGCGAAAACUAGUCCUAAUGUUUCAAAACCUGGCCCAGUAUUAAACACCAAAGUUAAAAACCAAACUCCAACUGUUUCAUCCAAAACUACCACAGUCAGUCAGACUCUCUCAUCCACCACAACACCUGCUGUAGAUGAUGACCAUAAACAUGACCCUACUAGCAAGAAAAGAAAUACUACUAAGUCAACAACGAAAACUAGUCCUAAUGUUUCAAAACCUGGCCCAGUAUUAAACACCAAAGUUAAAAACCACACUCUAACCGAUUCAUCCAAAACUACCACAGUCAGUCAGACUCUGACAUCCACCGCAACACCUGCUGUAGAUGAUGACCAGAAACAUGACCCUACUAGCGAGAAAAGAAAUACUACUAAGUCAACAGCGAAAACUAGUCCUAAUGUUUCAAAACCUGGCCCAGUAUUAAACACCAAAGUUAAAAACCACACUCUAACCGAUUCAUCCAAAACUACCACAGUCAGUCAGACUCUCUCAUCCACCGCAACACCUGCUGUAGAUGAUGACCAGAAACAUGACCCUACUAGCAAGAAAAGAAAUACUACUAAGUCAACAGCGAAAACUAGUCCUAAUGUUUCAAAACCUGGCCCAGUAUUAAACACCAAAGUUAAAAACCACACUCUAACCGAUUCAUCCAAAACUACCACAGUCAGUCAGACUCUGACAUCCACCGCAACACCUGCUGUAGAUGAUGACCAGAAACAUGACCCUACUAGCGAGAAAAGAAAUACUACUAAGUCAACAGCGAAAACUAGUCCUAAUGUUUCAAAACCUGGCCCAGUAUUAAACACCAAAGUUAAAAACCACACUCUAACCGAUUCAUCCAAAACUACCACAGUCAGUCAGACUCUCUCAUCCACCACAACACCUGCUGUAGAUGAUGACCAUAAACAUGACCCUACUAGCGAGAAAAGAAAUACUACUAAGUCAACAACGAAAACUAGUCCUAAUGUUUCAAAACCUGGCCCAGUAUUAAACACCAAAGUUAAAAACCAAACUCCAACUGUUUCAUCCAAAACUACCACAGUCAGUCAGACUCUCUCAUCCACCGCAACACCUGCUGUAGAUGAUGACCAGAAACAUGAACCUACUAGCGAGAAAAGAAAUACUACUAAGUCAACAGCGAAAACUAGUCUUAAUGUUUCAAAACCUGGCCCAGUAUUAAACACCAAAGUUAAAAACCACACUCCAACUGUUUCAUCCAAAACUACCACAGUCAGUCAGACUCUCUCAUCCACCGCAACACCUGCUGUAGAUGAUGACCAGAAACAUGAACCUACUAGCGAGAAAAGAAAUACUACUAAGUCAACAACUUCAUCCAAAACUAUCAGCGACAAUCAGACUCUGCCAUCAUCCUCAAAGCCUACUGUGGAUGGUGACCAGAAACAUAUGCCUUCACUUCAGGGUGCAAGUUCUGAGAAGAAAAAUACUACAACUAAGUCAACACCCAACAAUGCAACUUUUGAUGUUUCAAAGCCAUUAUUAAACACCAAAACGACAAAACAGUCUCAUGCUACUUCUUCAAAAAGCAAAGUCAAUCAGACUCUCCCAUCCUCCACAAAGCCUGCUGUGGUUGAUGUCCACCAACCACCAAAAGACAAACCUGCAGUAAGUUCACCUAUUAAAGUAGUCAUCACUGAAGGUUGCGUUCAGAAGGAGGCUCAGACGGAUUCCAGUAACAAAACCAAAACACAAGAAACAGAGCUCAGUUUGAAACCUGGAUCUCCACUGGUUAUGACCCAUCACAUCAAGCUGGUGCCAGGAACCUGCACAGGAGGUUGUGAGACAGAGAUGACUGCACUGAGGGACAGGGUUGAGUUCCUUGAGAAGGAAAUGUCAACUCUUAAAAAAAUGUGUAUUCGGUGCUCAGAAGAGCAGUGCCCUAAAAAUUGUAGUGGCCAAGGCAAGUGUGAAGGUGGAAAGUGUGUUUGUCAUCAAGGCUUCAGUGGACCAGACUGCAGUGGUACAACAUGCCCAUCUAACUGCAACAAGAAAGGGAAAUGUGUGAAGGGCAAGUGUGUAUGUCAAACUGGUUAUACAGGCCCAGGCUGCAGUAAGGGGACUGAUAAGAUCACAGUGACUGUUGAAACUGUUACUAUGAAGAUGCCCACUAUGAACAACACUGUCAGGCCAAACGUGACAUCAGUGAUGGCAAAGCCAGACAAGACCCUUUUUGUCAAAAGGACAGAUACGAAGGACAUUAAAGCCAAGCCAAGCCCAACAGCGUCCACAAUUAAAACCAAUGUUGUCAAAGUUCAAUCCAACACCACAAGGAGCGAAAAGGUUAUUUUGACAGUAGGGAAAGCUCUGCUAAAGCACAAAGAAGGAAGCCGUCAACAGCAAGCAACAAAGGGCAAAACGACAGUCAUUAAAAUGAAUUUAGACAAACAACCACAAACUGAUCUGAAGCUGAAAACUAAAGAAAAUAAAGAGUCCACAGAUAGGUCCACGUCAAAGAAAAAUAAAGACCUUAAAGAUCAGCCUGUCAGUCAGAAUGUGACUCAAAGCACUGGAAAGAAGAUUAAUGGGACCUCCAAAGUUCUGGUGAACCUGGUUAAAGACACCAAAAGAUCAUCUAAUGGAACGACAAAAGCCACUACGAAAACUGUAGAUGAAGGGAAAGUGAACAAGCCUAAUGGUACAUCUACUGAAAAAGACAAGAAACCAUCUAAAGGCAACAUAACGACAGUUCUCAAAGUGGAGAAGACCUCCGAUAAGCAUGCCAAUUGGACAAGUAUUGAAAGUAAACCUCACGUGAAGCAAUUCAACAGGACAAGCAGCAGAUCAUCAGUUAUUGGAUCAGUUGAGGUUCAUAACAUCACAUCCACUGGGUUCAUUAUGUCUUGGGAAGCCCCUCUAGAUAUAUUCAAGAACUUUACAGUAACAAGGAGGGAAAUCAGGCCGGGAAAUGAUGUAGAAGAUUUAGAGAAAAUUCAGGAUGGUGCAAUGAAAGUAACCAACAGCGGGGCCACGGGUGAAGAUAUAGCAGGUGUACAAAGUCUCAGUGCGACCAAAAUCCAUGGUAGCAAACUUGAUGGAAGGAGUGUGAAAAAGUUCUCACAUUUUCUUCCAGGUACAGCACGGUCGUAUCAUUUCAAGGGCCUUCAACCUCAAACACAGUAUUCGGUUUCCUUGUUCGGUUCUGGUCCUGGAGUGCGAUCCAAAAUUCAUCGCCUUACACUAUACACGGGUCCAGAGCCGCCCAGUGACCUGAUCUUCAGUAAUAUAACAGAGACUGCUUUAACAGUAUCCUGGAUGAAACCUAAAAGCAUAGUGGCAGAAUUUAAAGUCACAUACACCAACACUGUGACAGGUGAGAGCGGCUCCAUGUCCGUUGACUCCCAGCUGUCUCAUGUCCUCCUGUCUAAACUCUCGGCUGGAACUACUUAUGACAUCACUGUGAGGUCAUUACUGGAGACACUUGAGAGCGAGCCAAUCACAGCCUCUGUUACUACAGUGCCCGAUUCUCCAACUGAACUGAAGGUGAUGAACAUCACAGACACUAAAGCUCUGCUGGCAUGGAAACCAUCCCAAGCUAAAGUGGACAGUUAUAUUCUCAGUUAUGGGUCUUCGAAAUCUCCUAAUGUGACGGUUACAGUUACAUUAUCUGGCAGCACUGUGGAGCAUCAGCUCAGAGGCCUGCAAAGAUCUUCUCUUCACACGGUGAAGAUCACAAGCCAAGUCAAUCGACUCCAGAGUCGCCCGAUUUCAACAACCUUCACAACUGGAAGUGGAGUGAAGCUUCAGGUGGUGACUCCUUAUGAAGUGACCUUUCAUUCAGCUGUGAUUUCAUGGAAAGCUCCCCGUGUGGUUUUCAAAAGUUAUAGACUCACAUACCAGCCGACAGAGGAAGUCAAGGAGGUGAUUUUAAAUCCAUCUGUGACCCAAUAUGAGCUGACAGGACUGAUAGCCUUCACAAACUACACUGUUAAAAUAGAGGGAGAAAGAGAUGGACAGUACCUUGAUUUUGUCUCUGCUGAGUUCACUACUGCACCGCUUCCAUACCCGUACCCCACAGACUGCUCAGAGGUACAGAUGAAUGGAGUAAAGGACUCGGGAGAGGUUGAGAUUUACCCUGAAGGAAAAGAUGGAGAGCCGGUGUGGGUCUACUGUGAUAUGGAGACGGAUGAAGGAGGCUGGACUGUAUUCCAGAGGAGAAUGGAUGGAUCUACUGAUUUCUAUAGGAACUGGAGAGACUACAGUAAAGGUUUUGGGCUUCUGAGCGGAGAAUUCUGGCUGGGAAAUGCUGUCCUUCAUACUCUGACCAGCCUUGCACCAAUGAGUCUGCGUAUUGACCUGCGUUCAGGAAAUGAAACCGCUUAUGCUUAUUAUGACAACUUCAACAUUAGCUCUGAGGCAGAUCACUAUGCUAUAGAGCUGUCUGGAUACUCAGGCCCCGCUGGUGAUUCCAUGAGAUAUCACAAUGGUCGCCCGUUCUCCACCAAAGACAAAGAUCCCGACAUCCUCAGCAUUCACUGUGCUAAAGCCUACAUGGGAGGCUGGUGGUAUAAAAACUGCUACAAGGCAAAUCUCAAUGGCCUCUAUGGUUCCUUCUCAGACAACAAGGGUGUCGUGUGGAUUGACUGGAAAGGCAAAGACGCAUCCCUUCCUUUUACUGAAAUGAAGCUUCGGCCCUCUUAUUUGAGUCAAAGGGCCCUGACAACCCCUGCAACCCAAGGUUAAAUCUGCAGAGUAAAUACAGUAGUGUGCACUCCUUACAAAUACUACUUCAAUGUGUGUAAGUUAACACACACGAAAAACUGCAAAAAAAUGAUGGUAGCUUUGCAAGAGGUGAAAGUAAAUGUCACGACCUCCAUCCAAUAACCUCUGUAUGUUAAUAAGACUCUCAUAGUGUUAUUUCUCAUAGUGUUAGUGCUUAGAAAAGUGUAUCGAUGCAUGUGUGUACUGUAUGUCUUGUGUUGUCAACAUAAUGGAGGUCCAUUGUUUAUUUUCCUCACCUUUACUGGAAUAACUGCACUGUUUUUGUUACUCACAUCUAUGUUUAUAUAACUGGAUUUAAAGCUACUCUUUGUAAAUCUCUGUUGAUUUUACGUUUGAUGUCUCUUUUUUAUACCAUAUCAAUAAAGCUAUAAGUACUA